CUGGCGGCUCGGGGGCGGGGAUCCAGAGGGCGCGCGCUUUUGUGGCAGUCAUGGAGGAAACCGGGGCUGUCUUCCGGAAAGAGCUGGUGAGCAAACUGCUGCACUUGCACUUUAAAGACAAGAAGACCAAAGUCAGUGGGGAUGCGCUGCAGCUCAUGGCCGAGCUGCUCAAGAUCUUCGUUGUAGAAGCGGCCAUCCGCAGCGUCCGGCAGGCCCAGGCAGAGGGCCUGGCCCGUGUGGACGUGGAACAGCUGGAGAAGGUGCUGCCUCAGCUGCUUCUGGACUUCUAGGGUUUCCACCCUCACUGUGGCCACCUGUCGGGAGUCAUGGCCUCUGGCUGCAGACAUGACAGAAGCUGCUGACCCACAACGUUCUCCAGCUCCCAGCAAACCACCCCUCUUCCCCAGGUCAUUCCUUCUGCCUGCUGCUGACGGCCAGGACACAGCAUAUGGAGGGGAGGGGUCGCUGACAGGAUCAGGGGCCAGGUGCCCACCCCACUUCCCGGGGCAGCUAGGCGCCCGCUGGUGUGAGGGAAGCAUUUGGUCACUGGGAAGCGGGUGCGGGAGACCCGCCCACCUGAACAGGUAGCCCAUGUGUCCUCCACGAACACGCAGAAUGGUGUGGUUCUGCCACUGGUCCCAAAGCUAGCGUGUCACCUUCUAGCCAUCUGAUACUCCCCGCAAAAGAUGCUUCCCUGAGCUAUAUAUUUGUUUUCAACAAAGCAACAUCAAUAAAUCAGAGCCACCUCCCCAGG